AUGACGUAUAUCGUCGAAUCUUGGACCCGAAGGUCGCUACCAGCCUUCGGGGGCGACCUAGAAACAAACCCCAGCCUAUACCAGCGAGAAUGGCAGUUCAGGCCCGGCAAUCAGGCUGGGCGCAGUCAGGUUUCCACCGCUCAGCCUCUAAACAAUCGGCCAAACCGUCAAUCAUGUGCAAGCCGACAUAAGACGGCUCUGGACAGCGUGGCGCGCGAAGCCACCCAGACACAAAAGAGCCAGCCAAACCGUAUAAGGUCAGUAUCAAUAGGGUCAGGGAAGACAACGGGGGGUCGGGCAAGUGGGCGGAGGAUUCAACCAAGUGUACGAAGGCGGCGAUCUCAAUGGGAGGUAUCAAGUGAUGAGACAAGGCUUCCUGUCCAAAUAAGGUCGGCGGCAGUUGGAAUUGCCGUAAGGGCUCCGAGCAAACGUAGCAAAUGUCAUGGGUUUGGCCAUAGGAAGAACUCCAAGGCAUGUCCCAUGAAGUACUCGGGAUCAGCGUCUCAAUCGGAAAGCAAAGGCCAGGAGCGAUGUAUUGUAGUCAAAUUGUAA